AUGACGACCACCAUAGCCUUAGCAGGCUAUGGCUUAACCCUCAUGAUCGUGACGUGGGUUGAGUGUGCCAUUGCGACGGUGUUGAUUCUAGCCAGAGUGUACACAACGUGGAAGAUCACUCGACAUAUACGCUCGGAUCUGUAUCUGGCCUUGUUGACUUUUGUCAUUGCAAUCAUAAGCGCCAUCUUCCUCACGAUCGGUAUCGGAUAUGGUAUCGGCACGCACGAAGAUCAACUCACGUCGGAUCAGAUUGUCGCAGCCAUAAAAUGGAGCUGGAUAAACCAAACGGUGGGGAUAUUUGCAACUGGAACGGGCAAGCUGGCAUUGGUCGCCUUUCUUCAACAAAUUCAUGGCCCAGAUCACCGCGGACGAGUUGCAUUCUUAUGGGGGGUGGCCAUCAGUAACCUGAUCCUCAACUGCAUCACCAUCGGCAUAAUUAUGACCCAGUGCUCUCCACGAGGGAAAUUGUGGAACGACGAUCUGGCGGGGACAUGUGAUGGGCGAAUCCGAAAUCAAAACAUGGCGUAUUUCCAAGGAAGCUGGUCCGCGCUAUGCGAUCUGAUCCUGGCUUUAUAUCCAGUCCUCUUCUUCUGGAACGUGCGACUGAAUCUGCGCGUGAAGAUUGGUCUCUGCGUAUUGAUGGGUUUGGGUGUGAUUGCCUGCGCAUGUUCUAUAAUCAAGACCACGUACUUGCGCGUUCUCUCUGAAACAGACGACGUUACCUACUAUCUCGCACUGCUAAGUACAUGGAAUGAAACCGAGAAAUGGGUCGUUCUAAUCGUCGGCUCCAUCCCACCAAUCCGCCCGCUACUCGUGAUCAUAUUCCGACGCCUCCUCUCAACCGUCAAAUCCUCAUCCGGUCCCCAAUCCAGCAACGUCAUCCGAUUAACCGAACUACAAUCAAGCUCGAAGUUUUCCAAGCACGCGACUCAACAUCGUCACAUGACACAAGGGAGGGCCGUGAUGCACAGCAAGGAUAGCGAGGAGAAUAUGCUAUCAAUGGAGGAAGGGUCGAUCAUCAAGACUACUAAUAUUAGUUUGCAUUACGAGCCCGAGACAAAUUCUCGAGAAGAUGGUGAGCAUAGUGGACGGGUCGUCCCUAGUGAGAGGAUAUAA